AUGGCGUCUCCUCAGAAGAUCCGCACCCCCAUCACCGAUCUUUUCAAGAUCAACCACCCCAUCCUGCUCGCCGGCAUGAACGUCGCCGCUGGCCCCAAGCUGGCUGCCGCCGUCACCAACGCCGGCGGCAUGGGCGUCAUUGGUGGUGUCGGCUACACCCCCGAGAUGCUCAAGGACCAGAUCGCCGAGCUCAAGGAGCACCUGACGGACAAGAACGCUCCCUUCGGCGUCGACCUGCUGCUGCCCCAGGUUGGUGGCAGCGCGCGCAAGACCAACUACGACUACACCAAGGGCAAGCUCGACGGCCUCGUUGACAUCAUCAUCGAGUCUGGCGCCAAGCUCUUCGUCUCUGCCGUUGGUGUGCCCCCCAAGCACGUCGUCGACAGGCUCCACGCCGCCGGCAUUGUCUACAUGAACAUGAUCGGCCACCCCAAGCACGUCAAGAAGUGCCUGGAGCUCGGCGUCGACAUCAUCUGCGCCCAGGGUGGCGAGGGUGGCGGCCACACCGGUGACGUCCCCACGACCGUCCUCAUCCCCGCCGUUGUCGACCUCGUCAAGGGCCACAAGUCCCCCGUCACCGGCGGCCCCGUCCAGGUCGUCGCCGCCGGCGGCAUCUACAACGGCCAGACCCUCGCCGCCGCCCUCAUGCUCGGCGCCAGCGGCGUCUGGGUCGGCACCCGCUUCAUCCUCACCGACGAGGCCGGUGCCCCCAAGGCCCACAAGGAGGCCGUCCAGACGGCUGGCCACGACGACAAUGUCAGGACCAUCAUCUUCACCGGCCGCCCCAUGCGCGUCCGCAACAACCCCUACAUCAACAACUGGGAGACGGAGCGCCAGCAGGAGAUGCGCGACCUCGCCGCCAAGGGCACCAUCCCCUACGAGGCUGACCUCGAGAAGAUCAUGAACGGCGAGCCCGUCAAGGGCGCCGCCAUCCAGACCGCCGCCAACACGGAGGAGGACGAUGACGAGGACCCUCUCGACCAGUACCGCCCCUUCCUCAUGGGCAAGGCCGCCGCCGUCGUCAACAAGCAGCUUCCCGCCAAGGCUGUCGUCGACGAGCUCGUCAACGACGGUGUUGCGUGGAUAAACAAGGGCCAGCAGAUGGUCGUCGCGAAGCUGUAA